CAAGAUGUCGUCUAAGAGAGGGCGGGUUCAAUUCGACAUCGACGACGACGCAGAGAAAGAGGAUGGGCCAAAGGAAGGGAAAUUGAGAGAGGAGGAUAGCGGAUUCAACAGAUAUCGCUGGACUUGCAAUUUCUCCCGCCUGCCGGACUGAAUGAUUUGAUGUGGAUUGGAAGCAUGAAUACUGGGCAUUGCAACUAUUUGUGAAAACAUUCGCUAACCUUCCUUUUUACAACAGUCGUGGUGUUGCCGGCAACAAGCUGAAGAUGACCCUGGGUCUGCCCUGCGGUGCCGUCCUCAACUGCUGCGACAACUCCGGUGCUCGUAACCUCUAUAUCAUCUCCGUCAAGGGUAUCGGUGCUCGUCUGAACCGCCUCCCCGCCGCCGGUGUCGGUGACAUGGUCAUGGCCACCGUCAAGAAGGGAAAGCCCGAGCUCCGUAAGAAGGUCAUGCCCGCUGUCGUUGUCCGCCAGAGCAAGCCCUGGCGCCGGCCCGACGGCAUCUACCUCUACUUCGAGGACAAUGCCGGUGUUAUCGUCAACGCCAAGGGUGAGAUGAAGGGUUCUGCCAUUACCGGUCCCGUCGGUAAGGAGGCUGCUGAGCUUUGGCCUCGUAUCGCCUCCAACUCCGGUGUUGUCAUGUAA